AUGAAUUGGUGCAAAUUUGCUUCCAGUGCGAUCGCUGUGCGGGAAACGAUAGAAUCCGUGCGACGAUUUUCAGUAGUGAAAAUGAACGAAUCCUCUCAGUUGAAAUGGGCCAAGGCCUUCUUGACGAAAGUGAUAGCGCGAAGGAGAUCCGGGAAGCACUUCCGGAAGACAUCAAACGAUAUGCAGUUUCUUCAGCAGGGCGACCUAUUUUGUACUAGCUCUAACGAGCAUCGAAGACGGAAUCGCAACCAUGGAAAUCGCAGAAUACCUGCAGAGCACCUUUCCCAAAAGGCACCUAUGCCGGGCACGCUGCAACGUCUGCCUGAUAGGCGCGGGUGCGGAUGGGGCAGUUGCGGCAACAGAAGAUGCAAGCUUCUGUGCAUUGACGGCCACGGUUUCGACGCUGCGCAGACGUUGGCUGAGGAGUAUCAUUGUAGCGCUUUUUCGAGCGUGAAGGAGGUGCUCACUACCUUCGGAUAUCAGAUUCAGGCAUUGUGGAUUGCGACACCGACGUUCACGCACGAGGAAUGUAUUCGGAGCGCAGUACCAGCUGGCAAGCACAUUUUCACCGAGAAACCGCUUGAGGAGACGCCUGAUGCGAUCGGGCGACUCUUCGAUAUGAUAGACGAAGCCGGCUUGCACCUCCUCUGCGGUUUUCAACAUCGGUUCGAUGCCUCCUACAUGGCGUUGUACGACGCGGUGCGUGAGGAUAGCGCGGAAAACAAGAUCGGGAAGCCCGCACUUCAUCAACGUUUUCUUCGCUGA